UCUAUGGGAAACAAUUUGUUAUUACGGUGGUGACAAUAAAAAUGUGUAUAAUAUAUAAUAAUAAGUAGAGAAGAAAAAUCAAUUUAAAUUCACAAAAUGGAUUUCCCAGCAACUCCAUCUAAUGCAUCAGACAGUAAUGAAUAUCCAGGGGCGACGGCUUCUCCUUAUGAUAACGCCCAAGACAAUACGAAACGCCGCAGUUCCUCGAGAUCAAUCAAAAGGCGUAGAUUUGACGAUGAGCUGGUGGAAUACAGUGGUUUGCCUGGAGCCUCUUUAGCCAAAGGGGAUAAGAGAAUGAGGACUUUAUCGUAUACCAGUCAGUACCAGGAUGUAGUACCUGCCACGACGAGCGCGCCGACGACACCGGUGAUUCCCGCACAGGAGCGGCGCCGCUCCAGCAAACUGUCUUUAGGAGGUAGUGUCGGUCGCAAGUCGCGUCGAAAAGGCCAACUCAGUCACCUGUCUACCAAAGAUUUGGGACGUUGGAAACCCACUGAUGAUUUAGCUCUGAUAUUGGGAGUUCAACAGACAAAUGAUUUGCGCAUAGUGCACCGUGGAGUGAAGUUCUCCUGCCGAUUCACGGUGGGUGAGUUGCAGUCUCGUUGGUAUGCAUUGCUGUACAAUGCAGAAGUGUCGCGGGUUGCAGUUGCCGCUAUGCGUAACCUUCAUCCGGAUCUAGUGGCUGCUGUCCAACAGCAGGCUCUGUUCUCAACCGCUGAAGAGGACUUAUUGGGCACUUUGACCAGUACCAGCCACCCGGCUCCAGAGAAGUUCCAGGAGCUUCUAGAACAAAACCCACACGUGUUUUACCCGUCACGCACCGCCAAGUCGCUGAUGGCACACUGGCAGCUGCUCAAACAGUACCAGCUGCUGCCUGACCAGACUGUGCAGCCACUGCCUAAAGGCCAAAGUGAUAAUGUGUUGACUUUCUCUGAUGCUGAGGACACAAUCAAUGAUUCAGAAAUACCUGACUUUAAAGAAGACGGGAUUGAUGUGGAAAUGCAGUUAGCAGACAGGGUAGAGAAGAAGAACAUCCGCUUGCUGGAGAACUCUCUGUCCCGCUGGCAGGUGCUGGUGCAGUCGGUGGCGGGCGGCACCUCGGAGCUGGACCGCAACACGCUCGCCGUGCUGCGCGGCCGCCUCGUGCGCUACCUCAUGCGAUCACGAGAGAUCGCGGUGGGGCGCAGCACGCGCGACCACAGCAUCGACGUGGACCUCAGCCUGGAGGGCCCGGCCGCGAAGGUGUCGCGCAAGCAGGCCACCAUCCGCCUGCGCAACACUGGCGACUUCUUCAUGUCCUCCGAGGGCAAGCGCCCCAUAUUCGUCGACGGCAGGCCGGUGCUGCAGGGGAACAAAGUCAAACUCAACCACAACAGUGUUAUUGAGAUCGCGGGACUUCGCUUCGUGUUUCUCGUUAACCUGGACCUGAUCAGCGCCAUCCGCCAAGAAGCAGUUAAAGUUACUAUCCCUGUGUAAAGUUUCAUCUCAAUAAAUUAGAUAAGUAAACAAAAAUAA